AUGAGCCGCACAGAAUAUCCAGGGGCGGCGCCACCCCCAGUGGGCGUGGAGCCGAACCUCGACGACCCUCAAGAUAUGCUUCAAACCAUUCUUUAUGCCACGCAAGGAUUGACCCUGCUUUUCGUGACAAUAUUUGUUUCAAUGCGCAUCUAUUCCAAGACCAGGCUUUUGGGGAACACAUCUGGAUACGCCGCCACGAUUUUCUACGCGCCAAUGGCCAUGACGGUCAAGCUCGCCCUGCUCCUCAUCAUUAUCCGCGUAUUCGGCGCCGUGCACAAGAAGACACUGAUCGGCAUAUACAUCCUCAUUGGCGUCAUCGUGCUGUACUACGUCUCUGGCAUCUUCAUCAAAAUCUUCAUCUGCUGGCCAAUCCCGGCGUACUGGCAAGGUCAGACCGAGAAAUGCAUGGACCAGAGCGCCAUCAUCACAGCGGAUGCUAUCAUCAGCGUCAUCAGCGACCUGGUGAUUUUGGUCCUGCCCACACCCUUGACGUGGUCUCUGCAGCUGUCAAGGAAAAGGAGACUAAGAAUCAUUGGCAUGCUUUGCGCUGGAGGUAUCGCCACGGGAUUCAGUGUCUACCGCCUGCUUCUGAUCAUCAACGAAGGCCAUUCGACGAACCAGACGAUGGUGUUCACGAAAGUCGUCCUAUCAGGCAACGCCGAGGCCGGCAUUGGUCUGAUCUGUGCAUGCUUACCCGCCGUCAACGCGAUAUUCGUCAGAGUCAAGGGCUCCUCUUACUACGCCAACCAAAGUCGAUCGGAGCCCGGUGAGAUCGGACGCGGCGAGAUAAUACUGACAAGGUCCUUCCAUGUCGACGCCACCACAAAGAGCACAAAGGAGAUACCGGCCGAGUCAUACGAACUUGGUCACGAUCAGGCAGUCUUGACGUCGAAUGUCCAAGCUAACCCACGAAGUAACUACUCGGGUAGGCGGUCAGAGUCGACGCAGUAG